ACAAUAAAGGCUGGGGCAGGUGUUGCUUCUAUCCUUUGUCCUGUGUCUGAGGCGUUUGUGGGAGCGUCAGUGUGUUCCAGUGACUGAGACAGAGACAAGCAGCAGCCAUGGAUGAUGUAUACAAGGCAGCGGUUGAGAACUUAACAGAAGAACAGAAAAAUGAGUUUAAGGCAGCCUUUGACAUUGCAUGUCAGGGUGCAGAGGACGGCUGCAUCAGCACCAAGGAGUUGGGGAAAGUGAUGAGAAUGCUGGGGCAGAACCCCACCCCAGAGGAGCUGCAGGAGAUGAUAGAUGAGGUGGAUGAGGAUGGUAGCGGGACAGUAGACUUUGAUGAGUUCCUGGUGAUGAUGGUGCGCUGCAUGAAGGAGGAGAGCAAAGGAAAAUCAGAGGAAGAGUUGGCUGAACUUUUCCGCAUGUUCGACAAAAACGGAGAUGGCUACAUUGAUUUGGAGGAGCUGAAAACCAUGCUGGAGUCAACUGGAGAGGCCAUCACUGAGGAUGACAUCGAAGAGCUCAUGAAGGAUGGAGACAAAAAUAAUGAUGGAAAGAUUGAUUAUGAUGAGUUCCUGGAAUUCAUGAAGGGGGUUGAGUAAAGGACUCCAAAGAUUCAUGGACUCUCAGCCCGGGAAAAUACUCAUACCUCCUCUUAGCUCUGACCAUCACAUUAUUGCCUGAAUACGUUGGACAACAUUGAAAUAAAAACUUCUUUCUGCUUGGCUCCAUCUACCACUAAACAUGUGUUAUAUCCUCAAUGUGUAUCGGCCUUGGUUGACAUCUUAAAUGUGGUCUAGUUUUUAUCCAUAGCAUUAUUAAGGGGCCUUAAAGAUAAUAGGUCUUGUUAUGUCCUUGAAGUGAAUUUCUGAACUACAAAUUGAUUUAACCCCCAUAAUCCUAUAAUAUCUUAUUUGACAUUUUAACCUAGGGGAGGAAACACUGUUCUCCACAAUACUGUAUAUUUUCAAUAAAGAAAGAUUUUCAGUAA